AUGCCUCUUAUCAACGAGGCUCCCUACACGGCGGACGAUGUGCCCGAUUACCCGCAGUGCACGCCGCAGCCCUUGAAGAUCAUCCACGUCGGCGCGGGCGCUUCGGGGCUCUUGUUCGCGCACAAGGCCGAGAGACUGCUGAAGAACUACGAGUUGAUUUGUUAUGAGAAAAACGAUUCCAUUGGAGGCACAUGGUAUGAGAACAGGUACCCUGGCUGUGCUUGCGACAUCCCCGCGCACACGUACACGUUCCCCUUUGAGCCGAAUGCCGAGUGGAGCGGGUAUUAUAGCUACAGCGACGAGAUCCAGGAGUAUUUGCUGGAAUUUGCCAAAAAGUACGGGGUGGAGAAGUACGUGCAGCUCAACACCGAGGUCGUGGCUGCCACUUGGGACGAGAACUCCUCCAAGUGGAUGGUCGCGUUGAAGCGCAAGGAUGGCACCACCUUCAGCGACACCUGCGAUGUCCUGGUCAACGGCGCCGGGGUCAUCAACAAGUGGAAGUGGCCCGCCAUCCAAGGACUGCACGACUUCAAGGGCACCCUGGUGCACUCGGCCGCGUGGGACAACAGCAUCGACUGGACCGACAAGAGAGUCGCGGUCAUCGGCACGGGCUCGAGCUCGAUCCAGAUGCUCCCCAAACUCGCCGAGACGGCCAAGCACGUCACCGUCUUCAUCCGCAACCAGACCUACAUCGCCACGCCCAUCGGCUCUGUGUCCAACAAGGAAGCCGACCCGGAGGCCCAAGACCCGGGCGCCGCGGGCAAGCAUUCGUACACGGAGAAGGAGAAGCAGAAGUUUCGAGACGACCCGGACUACCACCUCAGAUACCGCCAGCAGGUCGAGCGCUCGGUGGCCAGCAUCUUCCGCAUGUUCCUGCGCGGGUCGGAGAUGAACCUCGGCGCCAAACAGUUUUUGCAGAACGACAUGGCCAGGAAACUCGGCGACAGGGACGACCUGAAGGCCAAAUUCAUCCCCGCGUGGAGUCCCGGCUGUCGUCGCCUGACGCCCGGCGAGGGCUACCUCGAGUCGCUGAUUCGGGAGAAUGUGACCUGUGUGUUUGAGGACAUUGUCAAAGUCACGCCCGAGGGCAUCGUCACCAGUGACGGCGCAGAGCACAAGGUCGACAUCCUGGCCUGCGCCACGGGCUUCUACGUCGCGUAUCUCCCGCACUUCCGCAUCACAGGUCUCAACGGCCAAGUCAUGCAGGACCAGAAGGAACCCAACGUGUAUGCCUCGAUUGCCGCGCCCGGGUUCCCCAACUAUUUCGUGGUCAACGGUCCCAGGGGCAAUUGGGGACAGGGCUGCGUGCUCCCCAGCCACGAGGUGCACAGUGAAUACAUCCUGCAGUGCUGUCGGAAGAUGCAGGAGGAUGGCAUCCGCUGGAUGAUGCCCAAGCAGGACCUCACCACGCAGUUGAACCUGUAUAUGGAUGCGUGGCACAGGAAACAUAGCGUUUGGGCGGAGGAUUGCAAGAGUUGGUACAAGGACAACAAGCCCGAUGGCCGGGUUUACAUCUGGCCAGGCAGUCUGUUCCACCACCUCAAGUUCAUGAAACGCCCGCGCUUCGAGCACUACGAGCUCCAGUACAAUGACCCGAGCAACGUCUUUGCGUUUUUGGGGAAUGGGCUCACCAUCACGGAGACAAAGUACGGGCCGGAAGACUUGCCAGUUCCGUACAUCAGGAACAGCGAGGACGAGGAGUGGGAUAUUGAGUAG